GGUAUGUCAGGUUUAGCUUUGUUCUAAGCAGAAGCGAAGGAGAGAAAGGGACGGAAACACUUUACAGCUGAAGACCUGUAGAACUUUUGUUUCAGAUGGGACUUUAAUACACGGAAAUACCGAAGCUGGGAAAAAUGCAAUGGGGUGAUGGAUGGAUGCUAGCCUUGGGAAUGGAUUCUGUAUUAUCUCCCUGCCCAGGAUGUGUCCUCUGACCUUCGAAACUGCACAUUUUUUUUGUAUGAAGCCUAAUAUUACCAGGAUGCCCCUGCCGUGUGAGAACUAUACCAACCAAAAGGAAGUUGCCUCCAUUUUUCCUCUAACUAGGAUACCCAGACCUCAAGUUUUACUUUCUAGGCACCUAUUUCAAUUAUCAUGCAGUGUGCAGUCUUGCCCUUGCGAAAUGAAUCCGCCUCCAGUCGAGUCGAGCUCCAGGAAAUACUCUGACCCUCUUUCAAUGAGCGAUUUUUGGCUAGAGGUGGAGAACAUCAAGCAGAUGCGUGGAUCUGAUGGAGAGGAGAGCAGUUCCUCUGAACCCAGCACCCUAGAAGAUGGAGAGGCAGAAGCAGACUGGCUGCAGGACACCGGUCUUUCUCCUCUCAUCGGUGACCCCAGUCCAACAGAAGGCAAUGUGCUCAUUUUGUCGACCCUUACACGAACGCAGACUGCGGCCGUACAGCGCAGACUGGACAGCUACAGCCGAUCUCUUCGGAAACGUUACAAGCAGCCAAUACGAGAUGUCCGGGAAGUGUUCCCUGCGGACGAUGUGUUGGAAGAGCGAGACACAGAUGAUGACAAUAAAACAGAAGACAACAGAAGUAACAUCGGAAACCCUCCAAAAUCUACUCACAGCCUACUGAAUAGACGCGCCAGUGCAUCGAAUGUUUUUGACACAGAAGUGGCAUAUUCAGAACAAGCGACAUUCGGACAAAAUGAGGACUGCAAACUGGAAUGCAAACCAGAAAAACUACCUCGUUUUCAUAUUCAAAAGGGACGGCUCGGAAUGACACGGGUAUCGGACCUGUCUUCACCUGAUAUGAAGCAGGUGCCCACAAUGGCACUUAUAGAGCUGACCGCUCUUUGUGAUGUUCUAGAACUAGACCUGAAAAGGAACAAAACCCCCAAGCGUAAAACUAGCGAAAGCAAACUUUUUGGGGUGCCGAUUACAGGUUUGCUGGAACAGGACCGCAGGGUGAUUUCCAAUACGCAGGUCCCACUCCUCCUUCAGGCGAUUCUCACAUGUUUGGAAAAGAAGGGCAUAGAUGUUCAGGGUAUUUUAAGGAUAUCUGGCUCACAGGCUCGGAUUAAGUCCUUACAGCAGCGCCUGGAGAGGAAUUUCUAUGCCGGCCUCUUUUCUUGGGAUGAAGUUAAUCCACACGAUGUCGCCGGGCUCCUGAAGCUGUUCCUCCGAGAGCUGCCCGCCCCCCUUCUCACUGCAGAGUAUCUGCCGGCUUUCGCUGCUGUACAAAAGAUUUCAAACCUCAAACAAAGGCUUCAAGCUCUCAACCUGCUUAUACUGAUCCUUCCAGAUGCAAACCGCUGUACCUUAAAGGCCUUGUUGGAGUUCCUCAGCAAAGUGGCAUCUCUAGAGAAGAAAAAUCUCAUGUCAUUAUGGAACAUUGCCACCAUAAUGGCGCCUAAUCUCUUCUUGUUUCGAGGGAACAACUGCAAAGGCCCAGAAGGUGGUGAAAAGCAAUUGGCAGAGGGAGUGGCUGGUUUGGUCAUGGCUAUGGUGCAUUAUCAAGAUCUUCUAUGGACGGUCCCAACCUUUCUGCUGUCCCAGGUCCGCAAAUUGAAUGAGAAUAGCAAUAAGAGAUUCAAUGACCGUCGACUGCUCAACUUCCUACGAAAAAUCCACACAGACAAGGAAAAGCCAGAGAAAAGUCAGACCGAGCCCUGUAAGCAAGUGAAGAUCCAAGCUUCAGUAUUUAUUAAGGACACCCUGGCUAUUCGACUGGAUGAAGGCACACGUGCAGCAGAUGUCUUGAAGAAGUUCCAAGAACACCUAGCCCAGCGUAACUGCCAGAUCAGAACUGUGAGCUUGAUCAAAUGUAAUGGUCCCUUUGAGUUUCCUAAUGUGGAGCUGUAUGAAGUGGGAGGGAACAUCUGUGAACACUGCUUGGAUCCUGAUACCUAUAUGCUGGACUUGUACAAUGCUAACCCUAAUGGCGAAUGGGUGAUCAAACCCAGCCCUCCUUCUACGCCUACUUUAUAGGACAGGACUGCUGAUCAAUUCAUCUACCGUGAUGUAUAUACACAAUACUGGAUACUUUCCAGCUCCACAUGUCCAGAACCCAGCCCGGAGUGCAAUGUAAAGGGAUUCAACAAACCUAUUUGAACACUGACUGGACAUUUCUUGCCUUAUGGGCAAAAAAGUAUCGGGUCUUGAGUCACUAUCGGAGUUAUCGGAGACACGUGCCUUCUUGUCUUACUGACUAUAGUGCCAAUUUCAAGAACCUAGUAUUUAUUUCCAAGUGUAAAAUGUGAAUAUGCUUACAGAAAAACUAUAGGAAGAAGUUGCACCACCAGAGGGCGCCAUGUCACUUUCUGUUACAUCCUCACCGGAUUUUAAACUCUCCCUCCUAAUGGACUGUACAGACGUAUGUGCUGAUUGUAUGUGUUGACACAGAGCUAGCCUCUUUGUUGUAAGUAAUUUUUUAGAUCUAUUUUUGUUACCUUUCGUAUUUAAAUACGUUAAUUAAAAAAACGUGAAUUUGCUGAAAAUGUU